AUGGAGUUCGUCUCCAACCCCGACGAGAAUGAGGGUCCCACGGUACUGGCAGCGACACUGACAGUAACAUGUGUGGCUCUUCUUACCGUAGGCGCACGUUUGUAUGUGCGUCUGGGCAUGAUUCGAAGCUUUGGACUCGACGAUGGGUUUAUGGCAUUUGCAACAGCAAUCGCAGUAGCAGGUGAAUUUGUCAUUGUUGCACAAGUCCGUCAUGGAGUUGGGCGUCACACAGGAGAUGUCAACCUUUUGGAAGACUACCCGGUCGCCAUGAAAAUGUCUUUUAUCUCCCAACCAUUAUAUUUAUCGGCUCUCUGCUUGGUGAAGCUUGCAGUUGGAUCUUCUCUUCUUCGCAUCGCAUCUAAGAAGCUUUACAAGAACCUUAUUAUCGGGAUCAUGGUAUUCAUGACAGCAUACACGAUUGCCUGCAUCUUUACAAUCAUUUUUCAGUGUACAGAUGUUCGCAUCUUCUGGGACUGGACAGUCAAGGCAACAUGCUGGGACAUCGAAACGGUCAAGGGCCUCGCGUACGCAAACUCGUCCGUCAACAUUCUAACCGAUCUCCUAUUUGGAAUUGCGAUACCAGCGCCGAUGCUAUGGAAACUCAACGUUCCCACGAGAGUUCGAAUCUCCCUUAUGAUCAUCCUCGGCCUCGGUGUGUUUGCCUGCGCGGCCGCCUGUGUCAAGGUGUACUACCUUGUCACGUCGUAUGGAAGAUCAUUCGAUCCACUCUGGGACUCGAGACACAUUCAGAUGUGGACGGCCAUCGAGGCGAACGUUGGUAUCAUUGCCGGGAGCUUGCCCACUCUGCGCCCUCUGUUCAAGGACUUCUUGGGCACCAUGUAUGGAAAGGGGUCCAAAGCACCAACAGGCAACACGUACUACGGUCGAGGCACUUUACGGAGUGGGAGCAACUGGCAGACCCUUUCGAAUUCGCAGUGGCCAGAGGGUUCGCGCGAGGCAGGGGGCGCAAAGACACUAAAGUCUCGCGACGAUCGAACAGGGGAAGACUACGAGUUGGGAGCCUACGCCACUGGGCCUGCGGGCACCACUACAGUUAUGGCGAGGGCCGACUCGGAUCGGAGCGAUGAGAGCUUGUACAAAACUGGGCUGCUGGACAGCUCCGAGGGACGUGGCAUCAAGAAGACGACGGUUACCACGGUCAUGUAUUCACACAACCAACAGUAA